UACAUUUACUAAUGAUGACUUCUAAGUUUAGUGAUAGAAGCUCUUUGGCUUUAAGCAAAAAAACAUUGUCUCUUCACUAACACAGACAUUUUGCUACAUUUAGAAUUUGUGUGGAGCUUUUAUGUCAAACAAGAAAACGACCACAUUUUUAGUGAGAGAGGGGGAAACAACUGCAACAUAAUAUCCCUCCUGAAGCCUAUAAAAUGAUCUCACUCUGUGAUGACAGACAAUACACUUCAACGCCAUCCUUUCAUUGAGGAUGAUGCAUCAAGGGAAGUAAUUACAGUCACUACUGACAGAUCGAUGACUAACUCUGACAACAAUACCUUAGUGUAUAAAACCCUGAUUUCCCUCUGCUGGGUUCUAACAUUUAAAGUAGGCACAGCCACAAAGCAAUAGUACAGUAGUCCUUUGUGUACAAUACAGCCUAUUGUUUAAGUACUACAGAGACUAAUUUAUGCAGUUUGUAUGUGUUCAUCUAAAGUCCAUUGCUGGCAAAAACAUUUCAGGGCCUUUUGAGGAACAUCAUUAACCAUGUGGACCGUGGCUCUCAUUCUUUGUUUGGGAAAUAUUCUCAUCAGAGGCGAGGGCAGUGAUCAGCAUUCAGGAUCAUUCCCUGUAAUUGAACUCUCUGGAACGGCCUCCCCUGGUCUUUUAAUACUGGAAAAACAGAAAUCCAACAGCUCAAUCCAUCCACCCCAUGUAGCAGGACCAAAAACACCACACCCUCCUAUGUGCUUGGAGUCAGCUGGAAUCAGAGACGCCUUCAAAUAUGUCAAUACUGCGGUCUCUGUUGUUGUGUUUGUUGUUGGAAUAGUGGGAAAUUCAGCCUUACUGAAAAUCAUAUAUGUAAACAAAUGCAUGAGAAGCGGACCAAACAUUGUCAUUGCAAGUCUUGCUUUGGGGGAUCUAAUCCACAUUGUGAUAGACAUUCCAAUCAACGCCUACAGACUCAUUGCAGAAGAUUGGCCGUUCGGUUUGGUGUUGUGCAAACUCGUCCCUUUCAUACAGAAAACCACUGUUGGAAUUACUGUGUUGAGCUUAUGUGCUUUGAGUGUUGACAGAUACCGAGCCGUAGUAUCCUGGAAUCGGAUCAAAAGCAUUGGGGUUUCACUGUGGACAGCAAUCGAAAUAACUCUGAUAUGGGUUAUUUCUAUCCUGCUGGCUGUGCCUGAAGUUGUCGGCUUUGAUAUGAUAACAAUGGACUAUAAAGACAAGCAUCUGAGAAUAUGUCUGCUUCAUCCCAUGCAAACCACACAGAUCAUGCAGUUUUAUAAAUCAGUAAAGGACUGGUGGCUCUUUGGCUUUUACUUUUGCAUGCCACUGGCUUGGACCGCCGUCUUCUACACGCUCAUGACCAGGAAAAUGCUGAGGAAUACUGAGAAUACAUUAAGCGACCAUGCCAAGCAGAGACGAGAAGUCGCAAAAACUGUCUUCUGCCUGGUGAUCGUGUUUGCACUUUGUUGGUUACCUCUAUACCUAAGCAGAAUAUUGAAAUUAACCAUAUACGAUGAGAAAGAUCCUAAUAGGUGUCAGCUUCUGAGUGUCUUUCUUGUCCUGGAUUAUUUUGGCAUUAAUAUGGCAUCCCUCAACUCGUGCAUCAACCCUAUUGCAUUGUACAUAGUCAGCAAAAAAUUUAAAAGAUGUUUCAUGGCAUGUCUGUGCAGUUGGUGUCAACCUCUUCAAGCUGUUGCCCAUGACGAGGUGCAGUCUGUUUUGAAGUCCAGAACGCAGGAUCAAGCCUCAGAGCAGAGCGGCAACAUCAAAGCUCACAAGCAGACUUCCACACCUCUACCUGAGCAAGAAAAAACCUUACUGGUUUAACAAAACCCACGUGGCAGGGUGCAAAUACUUCAGUGUUUCUUUUUUAAAUAUACAUAUAGCUACCAAAGGGACUCUAUCGGUUGCUCAGCAACCUUGACAUGCCAUCAUAAUAAUGUAAAAUACCUUGUGAAUAACAUGCAGCACUGCCUUUUGUACUGCUGUCAUCAGUUGAACAUCUGCUUUGGUAUGAGCAACCUGGAGUCAGACUGUUCAGACUAUUUGCCCCUGGGGCUUGACUCACUCCCAACCAUUACAUCAGAUUUUACCUAGUACCUAUCCUGUAUCAUGCAUCAUAGUUCUCAAAUCACUGUUUUGGGCACAAUGUUAACUUGGCACCCAUCAACAGAAAUCUUGUCACGGCUUACCAACUGCAUAUAUAUUAUUUUGAUUCUGUUUCUGGAUUCUGGAAAGACACUGUGCCGCAGGAAAUCGAGCAAAUGGGAAUUCAAAAAUUUUUACGGUGGGUUUUAUGGGGUACGGUGUAUUAUUAGCACAUAAAUGUGUGUUUUUCGUCUCUGUUAAGUUUCCCAUACACAGCAGCCUAAGAGUUAAUAGCAUCCCUUUCAUUCUUGAACCUUGAGAAACAUAUCAAAUUGGUGCCACAAGUAGAUUCUGUCUCCGCCACUGAAUGACUGAUUGAUGGUGGCCUAUUUUUAAUGCAUUGUUAAAUGUGUAAUGCAUGGAGACACUUUAUAAAAGACCUGAGAGUGGGGAAGAAGGAAAACGAAGAUGACAGAAUGAG